UUUUAAGAUUCAAAAGUAAUAUCUACAUUUUUAGGAGUGAAUCGCUUUAAACGAUGAAUUAUCCUGCAGAACAGGAAAAAAGUGAAUUAUUGUCAGUUGUUGUGAUAUUUCGACAUGGCGACAGGUCGCCAAUAUAUUUCUCGUAUCCCACCGACCCCUAUGCGGAAAUGGGACACAAAAUAUGGCCUGAUGGUUUUGGACAACUAACAAACCUAGGAAAAAAACAGACCUAUGACCUUGGAAAGUGGUUACGGAACAGGUAUAAAGGAUUUCUGCCUGACCUCUACAGUCAUAAAGAUAUCAGAGUUGAGUCAUCCAACAGCGACAGAUGCCUCAUGUCUGCUGCGGCAACUGUCGCUGGUCUAUUUCCACCAGUUGAGCGUCAGAUCUGGAAUAGCCAAUUACAUUGGAUGCCAAUUCCCAUACAUACAACUCCAGAGGAAAAUGAUCCAGUUAUAGCCAUGGAGAAACCUUGCCCAAAAUACAACAAAAUGUUCAAAGAAUUGAGAGACAAGAAGUUCGAGGAAUUUGCAAAAGAAAAUGGCGAGUUUCUCGGAAAUUUGUCCAGAAAUACUGGAAAAGAAAUUAAUAGUUUUGAAUUGGUAAUGUGGAUCUAUGAUAUACUCUUAAUUGAAUCUACCUACAAUCUCACUCUGCCAGAAUGGACUGAAACAGUGAGUUUCAAUAAAUUGAAGUCAAUGUAUUUCACUUAUUGGGGAUUAUACACGGCUAACAUGGAAAUGUGUAGAUACAGAUCAGGACCUCUAAUCGACCUAAUAGCUACUAAGUUCGAAGACAUUAUCAAAAAAGUGACUGACACUCCAAAGUUUCUGAUGCUUUCAGGUCACGAUAUCACAAUAUUGAGUGUACUCUCAUCUUUGAAGUUGCUUGUGGAUUGCGCUCCAGAAUACGCUUCUGCACUUAUCUUCGAACUGAGAAGUAGCGAAAACAAAGGCCAGUUUGUCAAUAUUUUAUACAAAAAUCAAACAGACAACGAAGAAGUCGUCAAACUCCGUUUGAAUGAACGUGAAUUCAAUUGCAAAUGGAAAGAUUUUAGGACUACAGUUGAGCCACUGAGGGUUAGUUCGAAAGAGUGGAAAGAAGCAUGUUCAAUGGCCUAAAAAAUAUAGUAAUUUGUAGAUAGUUGUAGAGUUUUCGGAUGAAUAUAUUUUUUGAGAAGUUUA